AUGAAGUUCACCACCGCCUUCGCUGUUGCCGCUCUGGCCAUCGGCCCUGUCAUGGCUGCCACCACCUCCACCUCCGUCACCGGUUCUGUUUCCGGCACCAGUGCUGCUGCCACUGCCACUGGUACUGCCAAGGUCUCCUCCUCCGUUUCCGCCAGCACUUCCAAGGCUGCUUCGUCUUCUGCCUCUGCUUCCUCCUCAAAAGCCUCUGCCUCUGCCUCCUCCUCCGCCUCCAAGGCCUCUGCUUCUGCCUCUUCCGCCUCCUCCACCAGCAGCAAGGGCGCCGCCCCCACCAUGGGAGCCGAGAAGAUCGGAGCUUUCGGUCUUGCCGCCGCCGCUGUUGUCCUGGCUCUCUAA